AUGAUGUUUGCCCAGUGUACCUGGAAGUUUGCGAGCUCCGUGCUGAUGAUCAUGCUGCUGUGUUGCAUCCUUUCGCCUCCAGCACAAGCCAUCAAGAGCUCGGAGGACAUCCGCUGCAAGUGCAUCUGUCCCCCGUACCGGAACAUCAGUGGGCACAUUUACAACAAGAAUGUGUCGCAGAAGGACUGCAACUGCUUGCAUGUUGUGGAGCCAAUGCCGGUGCCAGGGAACGAUGUGGAGGCCUACUGCCUGUUGUGUGAAUGCAAGUACGAGGAGCGCAGCACCACCACCAUCAAGGUGAUCAUCAUCAUUUACUUGUCCGUCGUGGGGGCACUGCUGCUUUACAUGGCUUUCCUUGUGCUGGUGGACCCUCUGAUCCGGAAGCCAGAAGCUUAUACCCAGCCUCUGCACAACGAGGAGGAGAACGAGGAUGCUCGCUCCUUGGCUGCAGCCCCCACCCCAUCUGGUGCUAGAGCCAACACGGUGCUGGAGAGGGUGGAGGGGGCCCAGCAGCGCUGGAAGCGCCAGGUGCAGGAGCAGAGGAAGACAGUUUUCGACCGCCACAAGAUGCUGAGCUAG